AUGAGUUCCCUUGAAUAUCUUAAUCUCCAUUCGAGUGAACUUGAUGAUGAGAUUCCGGAUACAAUUGGAGACAUGGGAUCACUUGCAUAUCUUGAUCUCUCUUGCAAUCAACUGCAGGGCUCAAUUCCAAAUACAAUUAGGAAGAUGGUUUUACUUUCACAUCUUGAUCUCUUUCGCAAGCAACUGCGGGGCUCAAUUCCAGAUACAGUUGGGAAGAUGGUUUUACUUUCACGUCUUAAUCUUUCUGGCAAUCAACUGCAGGGCUCAAUUCCACAUACAGUUGGGAAGAUGGUUUUACUUUCACAUCUUGAUCUCUCUGGCAAUCAACUACAGGGCUCAAUUCCAAAUACAGUUGGGAAGAUGGUUUUACUUUCACAUCUUGAUCUCUCUCGCAAUCAAUUGCAGGGCUCAAUUGCAGAUACAGUUGGCAACAUGGUUUCUCUUGGAAAACUCUAUCUCUCUUUGAAUCAUCUUCAAGGUGAGAUUCCAAAAUCCUUGAGUAAUUUAUGUAACUUACAAGCAUUAGAGUUGGAUAGAAACAAUAUCUCUGGACAGCUUGCACCAGACUUUGUGGCCUAUGCAAAUGACACAUUAGUGACUUUGUCUUUAUCAGCAAACCAGUUCAGUGGAUCAGUUCCUGCUCUCAUUGGAUUUUCAUCCUUGAGAGAGUUACAUCUUGAUUUUAAUCAACUAAAUGGAACUUUACCUAAAGGUCUUGGACAGUUGUCCAACCUUCAAUCCUUGGAUAUUGCCUCAAAUUCAUUGCAAGGCACUAUCAAUGAAGCCCAUCUCUUUAAUCUAUCCCAGUUGUCCUAUUUAGACUUAUAUUAG